UCGUUUACAGGCAAGUUGAGUACAGUUUGUUAAUAGAAAUAAAAAGUGUCUCCUCUUAUUCCGGUCAAUCACUGAUCGUUUAUAUUUUUCAUGUUGGUGUAUUUAAUGCUGUAUUGGUUGUUGAAAAUAAAAUUGAAUUUACCGAAGAAUUAAAACACAAAAAUGAGGAAUCUGUGGUAUUAUUGUUUGUAUUUGAAGUUGGAUCGGUAUACGAUGACAUGAACGUACCUUGUUUUUACGAAAAAGAGAUGUUCUGGUCUUUUUUAUGGCAUAUUGUCAAUACGAGAAUAUAAUUCUUUUCUUAAAGUUAAUUUAUCCGAAAGAUUUACGAUUUGAAGAAAUUGCAAUGUUAAAUUUUUACUUACUGCUUGAAUAUUUUAUGCAAGAAUAUAUGAUCCGUUUUAUAUAAAGGAAAAUGAAAUUUGUAGUUUUGUAGAAACAUGGAAUAUAAAUAUACUCUGGAAGAUAUCUUUUAUAAUAUAUAAAUAUAAUCGGAAAAACUUUCUAGUAGAAAUAAUGUCUACAAAGAAUCAUAAUUUAAAAGUUUGUUGUUUCUGUGGUCUUACAGAAGACAAUGAAUUAGAAUUUGGUAAAUUUCAUGAAUAUCGUGGUAUUGUUACACAUUAUUACUGUUUGUUAUUAUCUUCUAAUAUGGAACAGAAAGGUAAUGAUAAUGAAGGUAUUUUAGGAUUUUUAGUAGAAGAUAUACGAAAAGAAUUGCGUAGAGGAAAAAGAUUGAUAUGUUUUUUCUGCAAAAAAAAUGGUGCCACAUUAGGAUGUUGCAAUACUAAGUGUAAACGGAUAUUUCAUUAUCCUUGUGGCUUAAGAGCUGGAACUCUUCAUCAAUUUUUUGGUGAAUUUAGGUCAUAUUGUAUAAAACAUAGGCCCAAACAAAAAUUUGACGAAUACAAAAAAAAUGUAGUUAAGGAGAAUACAGAUACAUUAUGUUAUAUAUGUUAUGAUAAUGUUAAUCCAAAAAAUUUUAUCGGGACAUUAUGGGCACCUUGCUGUAAAAAGGAUGCUUGGUUUCAUAGAAAGUGUGUUCAGCAAUUAGCUAUGAAUGCUGGUUAUUUCUUUAAGUGUCCACUAUGUAAUAAUAAAAAAGAAUUCCAAAAAGCAAUGUUACAACAUGGUAUUUUCAUCCCAAGUCAGGAUGCAUCUUGGGAACUUGAACCAAAUGCAUUUCAAGAACUUUUAUAUAGACAUGACCGCUGUGAUGCUAUAACAUGUUUAUGUCCAAAAGGCAGGAAUUAUACAAGCAUGAAUGCAAAAUGGGAAUUAGCUUUAUGUCGGACAUGUGGUUCCCAAGGGAUUCAUAUGGCAUGUGGACAAUUAAAAUGGGCCAAUCCUGUGUGGAGUUGUGAUGAGUGUAUAUCCAUAUUAGAUAAAGUACAGCAGUCUGCAAAGAAUGUACCAGAAACAAUAAAUAUUACCUAUCGUGACAUAGAUACAGAUACCAGUGAUUCAGAAAUUUCUGUGGGUGGUACACAAGAUAAAGAUAACCUUUCUAUGUUAUCAUAUUCACAUGCAUGUCCUGCACCUCAAUCUUUUAAGCUAACAUCAAAUGAAAUUUCAACAAAUACUGCAUGUGAAAAUAACUGUAGCAGUUCUAGUCAAAACGUGUCUGCAACAUCAUCAGUAAAUUUUCAAGGAAGAAGUACUAAUGUUGUUGCUUUGUCAUUAUCUGAAGAUAAAAAUAUAUCACAAAUAGAUCAAGAAGAAAAUCUAUCACAAACAGAAAAAAGUGUAUUACAAAAAAAUAAAACAAGCGGUAUAUUGCAAACAGAUCAGGAAAAAAGUGUAUUGCAAAAAGAUCAAAAAAACAUUAUAUUGCAAACAGAUCAAGAAAAAAGUGUGUUACAAACUGAUGAAAAAAAAAAUGUAUUAAAAACAGAUCAAGAAAAAAGUAUAUUAGAAAUAGUUCAAGAAAAAAAUGUGUUACAAAAAAAUCAAGGAAAAAGUGCAUUAGAAUCAAGUCAAGAAAAAAAUAUAUUACAAACAACUAAAGAUAAAAACUUUCAAAGUAUGCAAGUAUCGAUUUCAAGUAGCAAGGUUGAUUUGAUCUUGAUCGAUAGUGAUGAAGAUGACAUUGAAAUCAUUAGUACUUCAAAAAGAUUAAACAUUGAAGAUCUUACUAGCUAUGAUACAAAAACUAAAAUAAAUAAUUUGGAUCAAUCCAAAAAUAUUUCAUUUAUUCAAUCAGAGAUGACUGAAAAGAGAAAUAAUGAAAUUAAAGAGGAAAAAAAAUUUUCAGGAAAUGAAAACCAUAGGAAUUUUGAUAAUUCACCUGUUAUGAAUAUCAAGAUUAGUAAUGUAACAUCUGUAUCGCCUGAAGUUUUUGAAAAUGUACCUGAUCUGAAAAGUUCAGGUAAUCAUAAAUUAUUAGAAGUAAAUUCUAGUCCUUCAAUGAACUUUAGUAAUACCGAAGAAUUUCAAACUAAAAAUACAAGACUAUCAUCUUCGAAAUGUCACUGUAAUGAAGUUGGAAUAAACUCAAAAAGAAAGCACGAAACAAAUAUAUGUGUAAUUGGAACUCAUACGAAUGGAAUAAAGACUGUGGUGAUAGAUAAAUCUAAAAAAGUGAAAGUAAAUGAUUUAGAAGAAAAUAUGAAAGCUUCAUGUAGCGCUAUUUCCUAUAAUGAAGCUAAACUGCAAAAUGAAAAUCCAAUUAAUGUAAAAUUGUCGCAAAAAAGUAUGGAAGAUAGAAGCACCUAUAUGAAUCAACAAAUUUUUGAGUCAAGUAAUUAUAAAAAGAAUAAAAUUUCUCAUAAAAGCAAUACUACAAAUAUAUUUCCUUCAAAGCUGCAAUUAACAAAUCAUAACAUAACAGAAAACCAAAUUAACAAUACUUCAUCAUUGAUUUCUGAUCAAUCUACUAGUGCAGAUGUAAUUGUUACUCAUGUUCAGAAUAGUAAUACAUACCAAUCAUUGAACACAGAACAAAAUUUUACUAAUACUAAAAUGAUGUCAUCUCAAAAUUCUGAUGGUUUGGGAAUUAAAGAUGAAAUACGAUCCAUUUUGAGACAGUGCGACGGGAAUGCAGGCACCAGUUUUGCUAGUGAAUCAACAGACGACCAUGCCAGAACAAAAGAUGAUCGGAUUCAUCCAAAAGGAGCAUCAGUUAAAAGAAAAUGGACAAAAUUAUUACAGCCUUCAGACUUCAGAGGAAAUGGCUGUGAUGAACAUAUCCCAUCAAAUGCGUGCAGUGUGUUCUCCGAAAUUGCAAGUAACCCUAACGCCUGUGAUAGACCUAGACUGAUACCAGAAUCAGUACAAUUACAAGAUCUUAAAUUUAAAGUUUGUGAUUCUAAUAAUGUACAGAUGAUUUUAUAUGAUACGUUUUCUGUAAAUAUUAAAAUGGAUACUGCCACAAAGAAUCAUGUAAAAGAUUCUUCCACGUCCACAGGAAUAUCAAGCAUGAGAAAUACAUUAUUGGAAAUGAACGACGAAUCAACAGUUGCUACUUGCAGCCGCACUUCAAAUCCGUAUAAUCCUCAUUUAAUUAAUGAUAAAGAUAAGCAUACUUCCGAUACAAUUGUAAGUAAAAACGUUAUUAACCAACGUGAUAAUGUAAAAGAAAAUUUUAAUCCAAUUAUGCAAACAUUUUUUGCCAAUAUAUCAAAUAAUUUCAGUAUAGUAAACGCAUUCGACGAUAAAUGUCAAUCGAUGACAAGAUAAAAUC